AUGAGCGACGCACCACCUGCAGCUCCCGCUUCGAGUGAAGCCCCACAGGGCGAGGGGCCCUCCAAGAAUGCCCUGAAGAAGGCGCAGAAGGAGAAAGAGAAGGCCGAGAAGAAGGCCGCAGCAAAGGCCCGCGAACUCGCUGAUCGCACGAAGAAGGAGGCCGCCGACGCCGAAGACGUCUCCAAAGACUCGUACGGCGAGCUCCCUCUCACCGGCUCCAAGGAAUUCAAGCCCACGGGCAUCGCCCGUGUCAGCCUCGACGACGUUGCCGAUCAUGUCGAGAAGGAGAUCACCUUCCGUUGCUGGGUCGAGAACGCUCGCGUGCAGUCAGCAAAGUUGGCUUUCUUGAACCUGCGCCAGAACCUCAGCACCAUACAGGCUGUCAUCGCUGCCAGCGACAAGCUGAGCAAGCAGAUGGUCAAGUUCUGCGGCACCGUCAGCACCGAGAGCACAAUUGUCGUUACUGGACUGGUCAAGAAGGCCCCAGAGCCCAUCAAGAGUGCCUCUAUCCAAGACUUCGAGAUCCACAUCAAGAAGCUGUUUAUCGAGGUCAAGGCUGAGGUACCGCUUCCUCUGCAGGUCGAUGAUGCAGAGAGGCCGCUGCCCGCUGAGACUGCAACCGAGGAGGAGCAGAAGGAGGAGGGAGGUGAGCGACCACUUGCCAGUCUCAACACUAGGCUCAACAACAGGACGCUUGACCUGAGGGCAAAGAUCAACCAGUCCAUCUUCGUGGUCAAGAGUGGUGUCUGCGCGAUCUUCCAAGAAUUCCUGUCGAAGAAGGGGUUCACUCUUGUGCAGACUCCAAAGAUCUUGGGCGCCGCGUCGGAAGGAGGUGCCAACGUUUUCGAACUCAAGUACUUUGAUCGUCAGGCCUACCUUGCCCAGUCGCCACAGUUCUACAAGCAGAUGUUGAUCGCUUCACGAUUCCAGAAGGUCAUGGAGAUUGGACCGGUCUUCCGCGCCGAGAACUCGAACACCGCUCGCCAUCUUACCGAAUUUACCGGUCUUGAUCUCGAGAUGGAGUUCCAGGAGCACUACCAUGAAGUCAUGGGCGUCCUCGAGGACCUCAUGCUGUUCAUCUUCAAGGAGCUGAAUGUGCGCUACAAGCGCGAGACGGACCUCAUCCGCGGCGUUUACCACGUCGACGAGUUCAAGCUCCCCGAGUCUGGUAGCGUGCCGAGAAUCCCCUUCACAGAAGGUAUCAAGAUGCUGCGCGACGCUGGCGAGGAACUUGGCGACUACGAUGACUUGACAACACCUCAAGAGAAGCACCUCGGCCGCUUGGUCCUCGAGAAGUACAACUCGGACUUCUACGUCCUCGACCAGUUCCCGCUUGCCAUCCGUCCAGCAUACACGAUGCCCUCGCCCCACGACCCCAAGCUCUCCAACUCGUACGACAUGUUUAUGCGCGGACAGGAGAUCUGCUCUGGCGCCCAGCGUAUCCACAACUCUGAGCUGCUGUCCAAGCAGAUGCGCGAGCACGAUCCACCGAUUGAUCCCAACGGUGCGGGAACCAAGGACUACGUGGACUGCUUCAGGUACGGCUGCCCGCCACACGCAGGAGGAGGUUUCGGUCUGGAGAGGAUUGUACAGUUCUGGCUGGGUCUGCCAAACAUUCGCAUGUGCAGUCUGUUCCCCAGGGACCCACAGAGAGUUGUGCCGUAA